UCAAUGUUUACAUUUCCGUCGCAUGCGCACUAGGUGGCAGGAAUUUAAAAACCGAUUUGCAAACAUUGAGAACGUUUAUUAAACAAACAUUGAUAUAAUUAAUCUGCUUGCUAACUUAAUUAGAUUAAAUUUUUUUUUAAAUUCUUAAAAUAUAAUGCCUGACAGUUGUUGUGCUAUAGGGUGUAUGAAUAAAAGGAUAAAAGGCGAUAAAAACUUGAGUUUUUACCGCAUUCCUUUUGGAAAUACAGAAACAUCAAAAAACAGAAGAGUUUUAUGGUUGCAAGCCUUAAAACGUAAAAACUGGCCAAUAAGUAUGAUUGAUAACGCAAGAUUAUGUAGUAAACAUUUUAUUUCAGGCAAAAAAUCAGACAAUCCUAAUAGUCCUGAUUAUGUUCCAUCUGUUUUUUUAUACAGACAGCAAUCUUUUUCAAAAAAACAUCAAAGUAUUGAAAGAUUUGAAAGAAGUUGUAAAAGAACAAAAAAAAAUACUGAAGAUAAUUUAUCUCAAACAAAAGCUGAAAAUGAACAGAUGUCAGUUAAUAUGGAUGCAGUAACAUCAGUCGACCCUUUCAAAUUAAAUCAAGAAUCUCAGACUGAUGAUGUUAAUUUUGUUGCUGAGCUACAUUCUAAAGUCAAAACUUUGAGUAAAAAUAAUGUUGAAUUAAAGAUUACAAUAAACAAAGCUAUAACAUCAUCUGUUUCUCAAUAUAUUUCGUUUGAAAAACUAAAAGAUGAUAAUUCACUUUUAUCUUUUUAUACUGGUUUGCCAAAUGCAAAUUUAUUUUUGUGGUAUUUAUCAUUGUUUGAAGAUUGUGUAAAACCAAUGAAAAAUAUACCAAUGGAAGACCAUUUAUUGCUAAUAUUAAUGAAAAUCAAACUUGGAUUUUUAAAUAAAGACUUGAGCUUUAGAUUUGGUUUUUCUGAGCCAACAGUCACUAGAAUAUAUAGAUCUUGGCUUCCAAUUAUUGCUGAAAAUGUUAAGUUUUUAAUUGUUUGGCCAGAAAAGCAUGUUUUGCGAAGAAAUUUGCCAACAAGUUUUUGCAAAAAGUUCUAUAAUUGUGUUGCAAUAAUUGAUUGCAUGGAAAUACUCAUUGAAAGACCUUUUAGUCUUCAUGCUCGAGCUCAAACUUGGUCAAAUUAUAAAAACAACAACACAAUUAAAUAUCUCAUUGGUAUAACUCCAUCAGGUGCUGUAAGUUUUUUAUCCCCUGGAUGGGGUGGUAGAGUUUCAGAUAAAGAAAUUACAAUUAAAUCUGGAUUUUUAGAAAAAAUAACCCAUGGAGAUUGUGUACUUGCUGAUAGAGGAUUUACACUUGUUGAAGAAUUUGCUACAAAAGGUGGGAUUUUAAAAUUACCAAAGUUUACCAAAGGAAAAAAGCAGAUGUCUUCUGCUGAAGUUGAUGAAUCACGUCAAAUUGCACAUGUAAGAAUCCAUGUUGAAAGGGUAAUUGGACGGUUAAGAAAAUUUCGAAUUCUUCAGAACAUUAUCCCAUUAACUCAAGUUGAUUUACUUGAUGAUGUUAUGGUAACAAUAACUUCAUUAGUAAAUAUUAACAGUAGUGUUGUUCCUCCAAGCUCAUAGGAGUGAAAAACCUUUUUAUUUUAACUUUAUUUUGUAUUAUCUUACAUUUGGAUUGUCUCAAGUACUCUCGAGUCCUUAAUACAAGGGGAAGGGGGUGGUUUGUCAAGAUCUAAUGAAAGUAGGGGGUGAGAAUUUAUACUAAAAGUUUUAUUAUUUAUUAGUUACUAGUAUAUAUUUUGUAAAUUAUAAGGCCGAUUUUCACUGAAUUAUUUUUUUAGUUUCGAUAGUUUUAGAAACUUUUUGUUGAUAACAAGUGAAAAUUAAUAAACAGAGUGGUCUUAAUAAGCUUAAGGUAGGUGGGAAAGUUUUCAAAAAUUUAAUAGAAAUCCCCCCUACCCUUCUAAUAAAGACUCGAGAGUAGUAAAUUUUAUAUUACUAAAUAAUAAGAAUUGUUAACAGUUUAUUGAUUUUUUAUUUCUGAAAAAAGUGCCAAAAUGUCGUUGACAAAGUAAGAUAUUUAAUAAAUAUAAUAUAUCCUUUA